UUUACAACUACCAAGAAGGUGAAAUGCUGACAGGUGAAUUCGGUGCUGAAGGGCAAGCUUCACUUCUCAAGUUCAACUAUGAUUUGUUUGCCCCACCCAGAGUGUACCUGCUUCACCUCUAAUCACAAUCCUCAUUUUUCUCCGAGAGAGCAAAGGAGAUAGCGAGAUUUGCUCAUUGGAUGGUUUUGACUUGACAAGAAAUGACAAGGUGAGAAGAACACUGGGCUCACAAUGGCUGGUCAAAGAGUUGUAGUGCAAGUUCUGCUACUCUCAGCUGUAGCGGUCGUAUGCAUAUCAACACUUGUCUCUGCAACUUCAACUGCGACAUUAGGUCCAGGGACAUCUGAAAACAGCAAUGUUGCUGCUCCAAGCAACGGUUUCCAGGAAACUUGCCAUGCAGUUAACCUACGAGAUGCCAGUCACAGCAUAUCUAUUGCAGUGGACACACUGGCAGGAGAGCUAUCCUGUAAAAGAGCUAGGAAUGUGAGCUUACUGGAAGACAAAUCCAUGGAGUUGGAACAAAACCUUAGACAAAUUGUGGAGUCCACUUUAAAAGUCUUCUUUGAGCUGGGCACCAAUCAGUCUGGAGUCAAUGUUCUGCGCAUAUUUGGAGUCUUAGACAGUCUGAGUCUUGGAAACCAUAGUGACCCAAGCUUUAUCAGACUAUGGUUCUCACUGAAGAUGGCUCCUCUUCUGCCCUAUGUUGAUGAAAACUUUUUUAUCCAUCUGAGCAGUCAGAACUUCAGCUGCAGUUCCUUCCAAGAAUUGGUUGAGGCACUGAACCAUGAAAUUGAGAUUUCUCAAAGAAUGGAGAGGACACUAAUCUACACACACUUCAUCCAAGUCUACUUAUCAAGAAAAAACUUACCAGACCCUGGAUGCAUACAAAAUGUGAAUGGAAGUGCAGAAUGGCUGAAGAGAAACAUUGGAAAUUUUUCGACAUUUGCAAGUCUACAGGAUCUUAAAAUACUUAACAACAAUUUCUCUGCAAUGGAGACUUUGGAACAGCUCUCACCAAACCAGAAGGCUGAGCUGAUUCUGGAUCCAGACAGCCAAGCUUCUGAAGCUGAGGCCAUUGUAAAGGAGGUGUUACAAAGCUUGACAGAGUCCCAAGAUGAUGAGCAACUCCAUCAGUUUUUCCAGGCUUUUGCAAACAUCAAUAAGCAGAGAAACGUCACCUUCCUCCGAAAUCCAGGUAUACGAGACACCAUCUUGAACCUGACCUUGACAGCCCUUGCUCCUGAAUUGGUCAACUUUGAGCCUGAAGACUUUCAGCUGUGGUUCCAGGUCAAUUUGGCUGCUGUGAUGGCAAGUUUCCAUCCUGGCAGCUUGGAGGUCAUCCCCAAUAACAUCAACUGUGCCUCCUACGCAGCUAUACUGGCUGGUCUUCAGCAAAGUUUGAAUUCCCUGCCACUGCACCUUUCACUGGGUGUGAGAGCAAGCAUAGAGUCACUCAAGGAGACAUUCACACGUUGCUCAGUUCUAGAUUCCUUCAUGUGCAAGCAGGUCCUGGUGGAUGAAGACCUCAUCUGUGCUGCAGUCAAUAGAUCACAACUUCAACAAACCUUGUCAACUGACAAUUCCUCUCAAGUGCUGUGCAGUUUUACCAUCACUGAGCAUGCCUGUACCACGGGCACACAUCUCACACACAGCAACGCGGUCACACUGCUGAAAUGUUCACUGGAAAGCCAAAGGACAUACCCUGUAGAGGUCUGGAAGCUUUUCUUCCAAAAAGCCUCUCCUGUGCUCGAUCAGGCUCUUGUGACGUUCGCCUCCAUGGCCCCAAACAACAGCAACCCAUUCUCGUCACAUGCUCUCGAGGCUCUUGGAGAAGUGAAAAUUUCCAACUUCAGCCAGGCACAACUGCAAAGCGAUGACUUUGUCCGCAGCUGGUUCCAGACAAAGAUUCGUCCGUUUCUGGCCUCUCCAUCCCCCAACUUUCUUUUCUGCCUUGCCACCAAGAACUUCAGCUGUCAUACGUACCAGACUGUCAUCCAGGCAUUCAGCAGCCAAAAGGCGUCCAUGGACAGAGAGACACAGGCGACAGUCUUCACUCAUUUCAUCAAACCGUUCCUUUCAAGAAAUGACUCAUCAGAUGCUGGCUGUGUCUCAACAACGGGAGGUAGCAAAGAGUGGCUACAGGCAAACCUUGGCAACUUCUCCGGUUUUGCAUCGCUGCAGGAUUUGCAAGCCCUUAAUUCCAACUUUUCCAGCGGCGAAUCCUUGUCAUUGCUCACUCCUACUCAGAUGGCACAGCUGACACUGAGCUCAGUGGCCUCCAAUGACACAGAACAAAUUGACCGUGUGUUUGAGCAACUCCAGGAGGGCAAUGCUCUGGAAAAUGUGGAUGAAUUCCUGACACAGCUGACAGCAAAUGGAGAGGUCCCCCAUUUUCAACCUGUUGUGAGAGAUCGUGUAAUGAAUAGGACCUUCACCAUCAUCAGUCCCUAUUUCCUGCGCUUCACUGAGAUAGACUGGUUCCUCUGGUUCCAUGUGAAACUGGUUCCUGUCCUCCCAAGUUUCAGUCCAAUGAUGCUCGAGAGAGCAACCUCAAGCAUCAACUGCACAGACUACCGUGUCAUUGUGAGUGGGAUGGCCAAAGCUUUGCCUGAAAUGACGCUGCACAGACGACAAGGAAUCGCAGCUGUUAUGCUGGGCCAUCUGAAAAAAUCUUCCAGUGUCAUCGACCAGCCAGCUUGCAGGCAGGGAAAUCAGAGUGAUAUCGAAUGGCUUGAAGCAAACUUUGGUCCAUUUUCCCAAUACACAACAUACUCUGAUCUCAAAUUCUUCAACCUCUCUGGGGUGACAGUGUUAGACUCUCUUUCAUCAAGACAAUUAGCUGAAUUUCUUCUUGAAGCAAACAACUUGUCAAAUGAAACCCUUGUGAGAUUUGCAUUCAAACAACUUAGUGUGUCAUCACGCUUGGAAGACCUUGGUUCUUUUUUUGACACUUUUGUCAGUGGUGCUGCAGAGCAAAACUUGACGACCAUUGACCCAAGGGUGCGUGACACUAUCCUCAAUCUGACAGUAAGGGCACUUGGACCAACUCUAUCCAUGCUAGAUGCUGAGGGAUUCAAGCUAUGGUUCCAGUUCUACCUACCUCUGUUCCUGCCAAGCAUUGAAUCAAGCACAUUUGAAAUUAUUCCAAGAAAUAUCAGCUGUGAUUCCUUUCAAGAGAUUGUCAAGGGGUGCAGCAAUGUUUUCACUAAUCUCUCUGUGAGGCAGACCCAACAGGUUUUUGCAUUCACAAAGGACUAUCUUGGGAGACGUUCCUCUUCAGGUCUCUCCUGUGUUGAAUCUGUAAAUGAUGACAGACUGUGGCUCGAAGGCAACCUUGGUCGUUUCCGUGUACAUGCCUCGUACAUGGAUUUUGUGACUUUGAAGAAGAAUUUCAAUGGUGUGGAGGUUGCUGAUCUUCUUACUCUCACUCAACUGGCCCAGUUGGCAGCAACUCCCUCACUGCUAAAAAGCAUGCAAGAUGUGACAAAAAUAAUGACAGUCAUCAACCGUGUUGACUUUGGUGCUUUCUUUGACAUUGUCUCACCGGCCAUUAAGAUCCACCCAGUCAACUACACAGAGGAGGUGACAUCUGCCCUCCUCCAGACAGUAUUUGAGAGAGGGAAUCUGUCCUCUGUGUCUAUAAAUGACACAGAGUUCCUGUUGUGGCUCAGGGUUCGACUGAGCCCACUCCUGGUUAACCUCUCGCCCAGCCUGGUGACACCUUUAUUUGAGAUCGGGAAGAACAGGAGUUGUAACAGUACACAAGAAAUGAUUUCAUUGCUGAACACACUACACUUCACACUCAGCAACAAUACCCAAAGGGAAAUAUACCAAAGCAUCCUUCUCUUCCUUCAAGGUCCGAUGCCCCUCAAGUGUUACAAAGGUGGAAGCCUCUACAUGUAUCUGAGAAACACUUUCCUCAGUUUUGGAUUUCCAGAUUUGUCUGUUUUUAUGUCUUUUUUGCCACAGAUACGCAAGUCAGAGCUCUUAAGUACCAUCAGCACCUCAGAGCUGCGUCAGUUCCUCAGUCAACCCAAUGUGAUUAGUAACGACUCUGACAUCUGUGUCAUCUUCAACAACUACAACAACACUCCUGCCUUCCUAGAAAAUGAGAAUGUUCCAGAUGAUGUGAAGAUGGUAACCCUGCCCUGUGUUUGGCCUUUGGUACUGAGCAGCAACAGCAGAUCUGAGGUUGAUUCCUGGUUUGACGUACGGUUGAGGAACUAUCUUAGAUUCCUCAGCAAGAGUCUCAUCAGCCCCGGCGAAGUGCAGAAUGCUUCAUGUCUGGCCUUCCAGAAGCUGGUCUCUGUAAUGGGAAACAACUUCACAUACAACAGCUCUCAGUUUGGACGGGGUGAUGUCUACAGCACCAUUAUGACCUACUUGACAACUGGCUCUGGAGCCAAAUGCUAUGAUGCCAGUGAUGCAGAACUCAAUUCUACUGCCUGGUUUGUCAAUUAUAUUGGCACCUUUGUGACAUUUCUCACUACAGAUGAUCUUACCUCCUUCAUCUCCACAAGUCAAGCUGAAGUGUUUUUAGUGGACCAAGCAAACCUGGAGCUCUUCAACAACACAGCAAUCUCAGAAAAUGUAACCAACUACUACAUCUCACAGCUUUAUGAAUUCAACCCAACUUUCAACCCCAUGAAGCUUCCAGGCUUUUUCCUGUGCUCUUCUGAGGUGCCUAGUUCAGCAUAUUCUUCUUUGAAUGAAGAGGAUACCAUCUUUAUCCUGGGUGAGAUAAAGAAGUCCUGCAAUGGAACAAAGGACGCUGAGGUUUCUGCUGCUCUGGCAUCUAACAUCCAGACAAUUACACCAGAGAUGUUUGCAACUCUGGGAAGUGCCAGCGCAGGCCUGACCAGCAGCCAGAUCACUUCAGCUGCUCCAUCAUUGCUGAUUUCCUCUUUGUCCACCCUGAGUUCAGUCAGCACCUGGAACCAGGAGCAGGCCUCCAUCAUCAUCCAAACCAUUACUGCCUCUGGCUUCCAGAUUAACAAAGGGUCCUCCCUGGAAUCUCUUGGCACACUUCUUGCUGGAGUCCCCUCAGAGUCAAUGGAAAAAAUCCCAGCUUCUGAGCUACUAAGCAUCUCCCUGAGCAGCACCUUUGUUUCCAACAUGCUGGCGGCCCCAACAGUCGUCCAACAGACCUUCAUCAAAAAGAUCAUUUCUUUAGACUCAAGUCCAGCCAAAGUGGUAGUGAAUGUCCCUGAUGUUUUGGCAGCUGAGAUCCCACCAUCCAUGCUUGUAUUCUCUGAGGAUACUGUGGACAUUAGUGUUAUCAAUAGAAAGAAAUGGACAAGAGAUCAGGCCACCAUGUUUUUUGGGACACUGGCUGAAACAAACUUUGACAUCGAGCAGCUUUCUCCUGCUGUGCUGCACGGUUUCACGUGCACGUCAGUCCAGAGAAUGACAUCAACCACGAUCAAACAGCUGAUCCGUGCCAGUAGGCCGAGGAGAGGCAGGGCCAAAGUGGAGCUGAAGGAAUCACAAUUGACUUGCAUGUACAACCUGCUCAAUGGAAUCCUCUUCCAGAACUUCACAGAUUAUCCCUCAGACAUGCUUCUCUACUUCAACAACAAAGAUGUCCAGAGAGCCAACUGCAGGUCCUACUUUUCUGCACUGGGUGCUGCAGACUUCUCUGUGCCCUCCAGGGUUUUGAACAAGGACUCACUGCUACUCAGUGAUGCCAGAACCUGCUUGGGUAUAAGCAGUGGGGACCUGAGCAGAGACAAUGUGGAGGUGAUGGGUAACAUGGCCUGCACUUUGGACAGCUCGUACAUCCAGAACGCAGAUCCUCUCAUUCUGGAAAAACUCAAAGCCUGCAAGGACUUCUCUGACAGCCAGGUGGCUGCAAUGGAGGCACUGCUGCUGUCGGGGAAAACACAAUACGGGGAUGCUUCCACCUGGAACAGACAAACACUGGAGAACCUUGGAGUCCUACCUCUGUAUUUCACAAGAAACAUCUGGGGCCAGUUCAAAGCUAAUACAAAGAGAAGGUUCCUUAAGUCAUUCAUGUCCCAACUGAGGAAGAAUAAGACAGAGAAGAGGAAGCUGAAAGUGCUGUUUAAACAGAUCAGUGCUCUCAAAAUGAAACGAGGAUCAGGCUGCACUGUGGGGAACAUCACACAGGUGACAGUUAGCGACGAUUCCUUCCCCUUCGGCUACGACCAGACACAAUUUGACCUCUGCCUGGACAUCCCUGUUCUGAAAGACAACCUCUACUCUAUCUGCGAGAAAGUGGAUGAUGAUGACUUUCAGAAAGUCAUACUGAAGAAACUCAACCAGGCAUUCCCAUCAGGUAUUUCUGAUGACAAGGUUCAGCUGUUGAGUUCAGUGUCUCGUAUGGCGUCACUUGAUGACAUCUCCAACUGGAGCAUCACCAAAAUUGACACCCUGGCAGCGCUCAUGAAAGCAGAUGAUGGAUCAUGGGAGGCAGCAAAGAGCAAAGCAAUCAUCACCAAGUAUCUGAAUACUUCUGGAAACUCCCUGGGCAGCACUGAGCUGAACAGUAUUGACUCCAACCUGUGCUCAUUAGACACCAGUACACUGAAGAUCAUCACCCCUGGCAGUAUCAGAAAUGCAAAACCACUGAAUGUGGCAUCAUGUUCACCUGAGCAGAAGAGAGUCCUGUUUGAGAUCAGUAACUCUUCCUUCAGCUCACUAAGCACCAGUGCCAGUGCCUACUACAAUUUAAUUAAGAUCUAUCUAGGUGGGGCACCUCUGUCAGAUGUGGUUGCACUGUCAACAAAGGACAUCAACAUGGACGUGGACACUUUACGAAGUCUGGAUCCUAACGUGAUUGCUGAUUUGACUGUGACAGAUGUGCAAGGCCUCAUGGGUAAUCAGCUACGAGAUCUGAAGUUGUUUGAGAAUGAUACCGUGAUUCAGGGCUGGACGAACAGGCAGUCUCAGUCGGACCUGGACAGCCUUGGUCUGGGCCUAACCACCAACAGAACUGACCUGACCACUGCACCACCCAGCUCCAACAACAGCACAAAUGCUGCAAACAGCUCUGUGACACCAUUGCAGGGUUCAUCCACCCUGACCACUACAGUGACAACAGCUAAUACCACAAGUGGGGGAGCAGAGCUUACAGAACAGCCAACAUCUGUAUUCCUGGCUGCUCUGCUGACAGCUGUGCUGCUAACAACCAGCUUAAAUGCAUAAGUGACUUAAGCAACCUAAUCAUUAAUCAGUAGCUAUUCACAUCGAUUGAAGGUGAGAUUGUUAUUAUAUAUUCAUUAUUUUUUCUGUUAUUUAUUCAUUACUAAAUCGAACUGCUACAUGGAAACUGUUUAAUUUCUGCUUCAUCUCCUCAUGUUGUAAAGUUAUGUAAUCAUAGGAAUCAAAAUAAUAUACUUUAAGUGAUAAUCUGAUAUUUUACUCUAUAUACUGGGAUUUUUUUUGUAAACAUACAUGAAAUACAGAUGUGAAUAAUUCCUUAAAUUGACCAUAUUAUCUAUUUAUGUAAUUCACAUUAUUGCUAUUCCUUAAAUUAAUAAAUGCAUGCCUAUAUAUGUCUGAUGAUGAUGUGUUUCUGCCACUUGAAGUGGAUUAUGAAAGAAUACAGAUGAUAUGUUCUGAAUCUUGUGUGUUUUACCUUCCACAAUCACAUCACGCUAUUGAAUAUUCUCCAAAGUAGCAAAAUGUGGAUUGAAAGUUUGCACUGAAGUGAUGAUUAAGAUUGAGGGUCUGCAUAUAAGUGUCAUGCCUUGGGGUUUGUCUUUUGAUUUUUGAUCCAUGUGCCAUGUUUCAUGUGUCUUGUCAUGUGUUUCCAUGUAUUAGGUUCUAAGUUUUUGUCAUGUCCUGUUUUAUUUUGAAAGCGUCACUUCCCCUGUGUGUCUCUUUUUCAUGUAGCUUUGCUUUGGUUUAUCCUGAUUGCUUUCUCCUCCCCUUAUGUGUUUCACCUGUCUCUCUCGUUAUGUUGUCUAUUUAGUCCUUGUCUUCCCUGUCACUAUUUGCUGGAUUGUUUUUUGGUCUUCAUGCCAUAACUGUCUUGUCUUGUCAUGUCACGACUUUUGCCUCAGCUUUUUGUUGAUCCCUUUGCUACAGUGUGUGCCAGUUUGAGUUCUUUGCAUUGAGAUUCAGCCCUCUGUGUUAGCGAUGCCACACCAUUGUGACAAUAAGUCUGCUUAUGUUAUAUGUGUAAGGGAUUUGGAAGUUUUUGAAAGAAAUAUUCAUGAACACUAAUUCUGUUU